GCCACGUUACAGACCGUUGACGAUGGAAAGGAGCGCGAACACAAGAGGCACGACCGAAUGUUUACGACAGCAUACGAUAUAACGAUAGUGCUUCCCACAUAUUAAUGCUAUGGGUCAACUCCGACCUCCGCGAGACUCGCUCGAAUUGGCCAGCCUUGCCAGCAGUUCUCACGACGACGAUAACGCCGGACGCGCCUCACUCGAUUCUUCAUCUUCGGGACUCCCUUCGAGCAGGAAACUAUCCUUUAGCGAUCCUGUCACGCCGCAGAACGGGAGUGCGAGGCCAUUGAGCAAUGGCCAUGGCCGGACUUACUCGGCCAGCAGCGCAUUCGAUUUCAAUAGCUCCCUGUUUCCUUUGACCGCGAGUGGUAACGGCUAUACAAGCCUCGGAACGCCGAGCACACCUCAUCUCGAUCUCGGUGCAGCGCAGCCAGGGCUUGCAGGGCAGAGUUUGGAACGGAAUAAGAGCUUGACAUAUUUGAACGGACUUUCACUCGUCGUGGGACUGAUUAUUGGAAGUGGCAUCUUCAGCAGUCCUGCGAGUGUGAACAGCAAUGCUGGCUCUUUCGGCGCUGCCUUGAUCGUGUGGGUUGUAAGUGGGAUUCUGGCCUGGACGGGAGCGAGCAGUUAUGCAGAGCUAGGGGGUGCAAUACCAUUGAAUGGCGGAGCACAGAUUUAUCUGAGCAAGAUUUUUGGAGAAUGGGCUGGUUUCCUGUUCACGUGGUGUGCUGUGGUUGUGCUCCGACCUGGCAGCGCGGCCAUCAUUGCGAUCAUCUUUGGGGAGUACAUUGUACGAGCGAUAAUUGGGCCUGAUGCGGCGGAAGCGAGUCCUUGGAUCAACAAGGGCGUUGCAUUGGUCGGCCUCAUCAUUGUCACAUUCUUGAACUGUGUGAGUACGAAGCUGGGAACGAGGAGCGCGGACUUCUUCAUGUUCUUCAAGUUUGCGGCACUGUUGGCUGUUACGGUUGCGGGAAUCAUUGUUGCGGCUACUGGACUGGCAUACAACAAAGCGGCGUUGAGCACGGAUUGGAAGACUAAGGGCUGGUUUGAAGGGACAAGCAUGUCAUCCUCGGAGUGGGCUGUUGCGCUUUAUGCGGGUCUAUGGGCGUAUGAUGGAUGGGACAACACGAACUAUGUGGUUGGAGAGAUGAUACAUCCGAGUCGAGAUCUGCCCAGAGUGGUGCAUACCUCGUUUCCGGUUGUCAUUAUUUCGUACAUUCUGGCGAAUCUGGCGUACAUCUUCGUCCUCCCCACGACAAUCAUCGACAAAUCGAACACGAUAGCCGUGGCAUUUGGAGGCACAGUUCUGGGUCCUCUCGGAUCUCUGCUCCUCGCUCUCGCAGUAUCAGGAUCAUGCUUCGGAGCUUUGAACGCCACGACAUUCACUGGAGGACGAUUAGUCUACAGCGCAGGGAGAGAGGGAUACCUACCGGAACUAUUUGGCACCAUCGGACUCAACGAUGCCUCGCAUCGAAUGCGACUCCCGCGGCGAGGAGCAAGAGCCAAGAAGUUCACCAACUUCGUCGCCGAUGAGCAAGGAUUCUUCUUCACGCCUAUCUACGCCAUGGUCCUCAAUGCAGCACUUACCGCAGUAUACAUCAUCAUUGGCGAUUUCGAGACAUUGACGACAUUUUACGGCAUAGCAAGUUACCUAUUCUACUUCGCUACAGUCAUCGGAUUGAUCGUGUUACGAGUGAAAGAGCCCGAGUUGGAGAGACCUUACAAAUGUUGGAUCACAACUCCAAUCAUCUUCUGCUGCGUAAGCUUGUUCUUAGUCAGUAGGGCUGUCUUUGCCAAGCCUCUGCAAGCGCUUGUCGUGGUCGGCUUCCUGAUUGUGGGAAUGCCACUAUACUGGUGGCGAGUUGGGAGUAAGAAGAGAAGAAGCGGGAGGAGACAUAUUGACGACGGGGCAGGGUGGAAGUUUUGGAAGCGUUGGCGUGGAAGCAAAUAGAGUUGAGAGCGAUG